CAAAAACACACUUAUUCCACACACUACAUUUUUUAUAUUAAGACAUGCACACCGGAAAAUGUCUGGUAGCAUGGAUAAUUGUAUCUUUAUGCUAUAUAGGACUAGGUGGCGCGUUGAAGGACCUAAAGGAGGGAAAGAUAGCAGAGCCUCUAUGCUCAAACUGCAAUAAAAUUCAGCGCAAAUGUACCGUCUCCCAUUCUGGCCUAUUUUGUAAAAAUAAAACGGAUAAAGAGAAGAUAUUGUUUUCACACAGCUUAGCGGAAAAAUUGUACAAUUUGGAUGAGUGUGUUCCACACAAGUACAACGUUACGGGUCCGAUUUUGGACUGGUGCUGUCUGUGGUCACCAAAAUUGGGCUGCCAGCAAUUGGCCGGAAUCUACUACCAAAACCAAUCGCGCUGGAGGGACACCUGCGAAAUUUGUCUGCACUCCUGCAUCUGCGAUGAGGAUACAAACGGGGUGGUCAAGUGCUCUCCCACGGCUGGCUGCCUGGCUGCCCUGGGCAUUCUGGGCAUCCUGCUGUCGAGGUCUUAUCUAUGGUCUUGAGAUGCGCUGCUUUGCAUAUCACUGGAAAUUCAAUAAGGUUGCCUGCAUGGGGGAAUUCCGAGUGGCCGGGCACAUACCGAAAAACAAAGUGGCCAUUGCACUUAGCCAAGUCGAAUACAAAUCAAGGCAACAAUGGGUCUGCCACUGUCCCCCAGCGACACGGGGCACAUGACUCUGGCCAAAAGGGGAGCCGUGGCAUAUCAUAUUGUUUCUGUUGAUUUUAUUCGGAAUAUGCGAUAGUGGGGAGAGAUAUUCAUAAGUCGAAAACCAAUAGUGGCUUUUCAAAAAAAAAACAUUGUUAAUUAAAAGCAGACC